AAAAAGAAGAAGAAGAAAACACCCCCUUUGGCAGCGAGUGCGCGGGAAGUUCAGCGCGCGAGUUCCGGGUUUCCCGCCCGCCCCGCCGGCCGCACACGGGCAUCUCUGGGAGAGCUCCUAGGGGCCAGCGCUCCCCAUCAGGGUCCAGCAACAUGGAUGUGGACGCCAAGUACCGCCAGGCCUCCCUCUACGUGGGUGACCUCGCCCCAGAUGUCACCGAGAACAUGCUGUUCAUGAAGUUCAGCACCGUGGGAACCGUGCUGUCCAUCCGCAUCUGCAGGGACCUGGCCACCCGCUGCUCCCUGGGCUAUGCCUAUGUGAACUUCCUCAAUGUGGGUGAUGCCCAGAAGGCCCUGGACACCAUGAACUUCGACGUGAUGCAAGGCAAGCCCAUCAGGCUCAUGUGGUCCCAACGUGACGCCUACCUGAGGAAAUCUGGAAUCGGGAACGUGUUCAUCAAGAAUCUGGACAAAUCCAUUGAUAACAAAACGCUGUAUGAGCAUUUCUCAGUGUUUGGGAAGAUCCUGUCCUCUAAGGUGAUGUAUGAUGAUCAGGGCUCCAUGGGCUAUGCCUUCGUGCAUUAUCAGAGCCAGGCUGCGGCAGACAGGGCCAUUGACGAGAUGAAUGGGAAGCUGCUUAAGGACUUUAGGAUCUUCGUCGGCCCAUUUAAAAACCGCAGAGAUCGGGAAGCUGAGCUCCAAAAUAAAGCCAAUGAGUUCACCAAUAUCUACAUCAAGAACUUUGGAGAUGACGUGGACGAUGAGAAACUGAGGGAGUUUUUCAGCCAUUAUGGCAAAAUCGUGAGUGUUAAGGUGAUGACAGAUUCCAGUGGGAAAUCCAAAGGCUUUGGCUUUGUGAGUUUCGAUACCCAUGAGGCUGCCAAAAGGGCCGUUGACAUAGUGAAUGGGAGGGAAUUAUUCGGACAGCCGGUAUUUGUAGGCAGGGCACAAAAGAAAGCAGAGCGUCAAGCUGAGUUAAAGCAAUUGUUUGAGCAGCGGAGACAGGAAACAGUUUGGCGGUUCAGGGGGUUGAAGAUCUAUGUCAAGAACCUCGAUGAUUCCAUUGAUGAAGAAAAGCUACGGAGAGCAUUUUCUCCUUUUGGAUCAGUUAUCAGAGCUAAGAUAAUGCAGGAACAAGGUCGAAGCAGAGGGUUUGGCUUGAUCUGCUUCUCCUCUCCAGAGGAGGCUGCUAGGGCAAUGGCUGAGAUGAAUGGCCGCAUGUUGGGCUCCCAGACCAUUAACAUCGCCCUGGCCCAGAGGGCCUAGGCGGGAAAGAUUCUUUCCACCUGUCAGCGAAUGCAGCAGGUGGGGGAUGGAUGAUGGUGAUCUAUGAAUUGUCCUCAGUCCAGUUUAAUUCCCAGGUGAUGGCAGCUUAGCUUAGUAAAUUAUGUGGCGAAAGGUUCUGUCUACAAAGUUUUGUGUUUGUUUUUUUUUGUUUUGUUUGUUUUGUUUUUUUGCAGAAAAAUAAAUGAAUCUUAGAAGGUUGCUUCAUUUUACAGAGGCAUACCUUUUCAUGACAUUAUUGUAUUUUUUUUCUCUGAUUUUAAUGUAUCCAGAGCAAUGGAUAUAAUUAAGUAAUUUUUAUUUUACAUUUUGAACCAACUGAAGUGAGUUAAUUGAGUAUAUUGCAUAUUUUUUCUUAUUUUAAUAAAAUCAUUAGCUUUAAUUUAUUCUAAGAAAUAUGCUCAAAAUAGCUAUUUUACCUAAGGAUGGCAAAGUAAUUUACAAAGAGAAAUUUUCUGAUUUCUCAUCUAAGGUGUUUGUGGGUUUGUUUGUUUUUGUUUGUUUGUUUUUUUGUUUGAUGGUUUUUUUGUUUUGUUUUUAAACCAAAAUUUUUAAAAUUACUAGUACAAAUUCAAUAUCUAAUUUCAUUUUGAAUUAAUGUUUAAAGUACUAGUAAGAGCUGAACUUCUUUUAAAUGUAUAUCCUGGCAUGUCUUCUUUUCUGAUGGCUGAAAUUAGUGAUGGAAGAUUUUAGUGUUGCUUACAAAACUACUUUAUAGUAUAUAUUGCUAUUCUUUCCAUUGGUUGACUAAUUCAGUUGCUUGCUAGCUAUCAAAAUUGUGACUUGAAUAGUAAAACCUUACCUCCAACAUUCCUUAAUUUAUAAAGCUGUAUCAAUGUAGGUGACAAAAAUCUGGCCUAGUCUUAAAUCUCUUCAUACCUAUGUAGCUUAAUAUUAUGCCUUCAGUGAUUAUCAGAUACACUAUAUUAUAAAAGUCAUAUAUAUAGAGAGAGAACAUAUAAAUUAUGCUUAACCAUGCUUUAGUGUCUGUUUUCUAUGGUUUCGUGUAGUGACAUUGUCUCAGGGUUGAGAAAAGUUAAAGUUGCUUUAUUCAUAUGAACUCUUGUCUCCCUUUAUAAGAUCAUGAGAGCUAUAUAACCCAUUCAGGUUCACUUUAGCCUUGAUUGAUCAGAAACUCAUUAAUUGAUUUUCUGAUAAAUUGAAAGUAUAUCUCAGUCUGUUGUCUAGCAUAAUUUUUUUAAUUUUAGUUCAAUUGCCAGACCUUUCCUUCUCUUUCACCUUUCAUCUAUAUCACUUAGCUCCUUUCAAUCCUUUUUAAAGGGCUAUUAAAAAAAAAAUUCCUAGCAAUGGCUCAGUUGGUUGGAGCAUCAUCCCAUGUACCAAAAGAAAGGUUGCAGGUUCUGUUCCCAUUGAGGCACAUACCUCUAGGUUUCUGGUUCAGUCCACAUCUGGGAGAGUAAGGAAGGCAACUGAUAGAUGUUUCUCUCAUAUCGAUUUCUCUCUCUCUCUCAAAAUCAAUUAAGAAAUACAUAACCUUGAGUGAGGACUUAAAACAAGGGCUUUAGUCACUUUUUGGCCUUAGGGCUAAGAUCAAGUGUAAAAGGGCUUUAUUAUAUUGAUUAUUACUACUUGUUUGAAAUCCAUUUUGAAAAUAGAGGCAAGAGUUAUUUAUUUACACAUAAAUAAUUACUUUUAAAAUUCUGACUUCUCAUACCAAAGGUGUCUAGGAAAUAGUUUUAUGGUUCUUGCUGCUGUUCUAUUUUUUAAUCUGCUUAGUUAUUUCCUGUAACCAUAUAGUCUAAUCUUCUGUUUCCUAUAUUAGUAUUAUAAAAUAAAUAUAUAGAGUAUCUUAUCUACAAACUACAGUAAAUCUUUUAAAAAUGUCUUGCUUUUCAAUAUCUACAAAUGUGUUUCAGUAAAUACUGAUCUAUUGUAAGAAUCUAUGUGAAACUCAUAUGCCAGCUCUCAUUCAUUGUAUCUCUGAAUCACUGUGUUGAGAAGUAUUUACCUCAAAAACAGAGUUUUUAAGAAAGGGUACCAGGCAACAGAAUGGGAAGUGUAGUGGGUGUGUCAAGCCUUGACAUCUCUUUCUAGAUAGCCCAGUCUAUCAAAAUGUUCAAAUAUUUGAACAAUAUUUCAUAAGGCUUGUGUAUGGAUUACCAAAAUAAUAUCAGGGGACUGUGUUUCUCUCUUAUAUGCACAAGGAGUUAAUAGGAUGUAAUAUAAGAUGUCUAGAUGAAUUAUAUCCAUAAUUUCAUGGCACAGUAAUUUUCCAUGUAGUAGAACUUGCUUAUUUUUAAUUACUUACCAUAGGAAAUAAUUAAGCCAACUUACAAAAAAUAUGUAAUCCUGUGGAAUUUCUUGAUAGAUUUAAAUUUUGCUCAUUCUAAAUUGUGUGUGAUAAUAUCAAGUUAUCUUAGUUGAUAGUAGAAGUUUAUUCUUUCAAGAAAAUGUAAUCUUGUGUGUGUUAGUGCCUUGAUUAAAUAAGAAGAGUCUUCACUUUUCUGAUAAGCAUUCUAGUAAAAGCUAAUUUACAUAGAGAUGCCUUGAGCUACUGCUUCUAAUCUUGCCUCCCUUCUGCACAUGUUGCCAAGUUUUUGUGUAGAUGCCUGUUUGCAUGUACAGCCAAUUCAAUAAAUGUGCCUUGUAACAUUUUAUUUUUCAAUGGAAAUUUAUCGUUGCUAAAAGUAAACUUUAUUUAAAGUGGCUUAGAAUUGGUAUUUUUGUGUUGUUAAUAUUUUUGUAAGUCCAUGUUGAAAAGAUCAAAUAAAGUCUAAUAUUUCAGUGGUAAA